AUAGAGAAAUCGGAAAGCGACACGAGCUCCGACCACUCAAAGCAUGUCUCGGAUACCAAAGCUUUCCCUCUCGCUACUGUCGAUGAGCCGGUGAUUUUCGACACAGCAGGCAAGACUCGAGAGUCUGCAUUCGACACCGAUUCUCUCGGUAGCUAUUACAAGCCGAUUGAAAGCUACGAAGGAUAUCACAGAUGGGAUCCCGAAUUCCAAUGGGAUGCCAAGGAGGAGAAGAAGCUUGUCAGAAAGGUCAGUGAUUGUUGGAAAUCAGUCAAUUGGGCUCUUGCUAACAUGGCUCUGAUAAUANNGAUUGACUUGCGCAUCUGCUCAUGGGUCUGCCUCAUGUUCUUCUCCUUGCAACUGGACAGAGGCAAUAUCUCACAAGCGCUCUCGGACAACAUGCUCACUGAUAUUGGGAUCACUACCAACGACUACAAUACUGGACAAACCAUCUUCUAUCUUUGCUUUCUGUUCGCAGAACUACCCAGUCAGAUGUUGGGCAAGAAGAUUGGUCCAGACAACUGGGUCCCUAUUCAGAUGGUCUUGUGGUCCUUAGUCGCCGCUUGUCAAGCUUUCAUCCACAACAAAUCCGGAUUUUUGGCCUGUAGAGCAUUGUUGGGUCUUAUUGAGGGAGGCUUUAUCCCUGAUAACAUCCUCUACUUGAGUUAUUGGUACAAGACACGAGAGCUUCCCAUUAGACUGUGCUACUUCUGGUUCUCCUAUCAAAUCACAAGUAUCGUGUCGGCAUUCCUCGCAUUUGGCUUCCUACACAUGCGCGGCAUCAACGGCAUCGCUGGCUGGCGUUGGCUCUUUGCUCUCGAAGGCUGUCUGACCGGCAUCAUCGGCGUAAUCUCCUGGUUCUACAUUCCUCCCUCGCCCACACAGACUGCCUCGAAGUUCCGCGGCAAAGACGGCUGGUUCAACGAAAGAGAAGAAAAGAUCAUGGUCAACAGAGUCUUGAGAGACGACCCUAGCAAAGGAGAUAUGCACAACAGACAAGCUCUUUCUCUGGGUAUGUUCUGGAAGUGCCUCAAAGACUACCAUAUGUGGCCAAUCUACUUGCUUGGAUUGACCUGGAUGACACCGGCAAACCCCAUGACAUCGUACCUCACGCUCAAUCUCAAGAGUGCUGGGUUCACAACUUUCCAGGUCAAUCUUCUCUGCAUCCCGGCUUAUUGCUUCUUCAUCAUCAACUUACUCUGGUUGUCCUAUCUCUCGGAAAAGGUCAAUGACCGAUUCCUCAUUGGCACUAUAUCUCAGUUCUUUGUCUUGCCUUGCCUUAUUGCUCUCGAAGUACUUCCGACGACUAGAAGUCAUUGGGCUACUUGGAUUCUCAGCUGUCUGGUCUACGCUCAACCCUACAUUCACCCAGUCAUUGUCGCUGUCACAUCUAGGAAUGGCGGUAGUGUCCGUACUCGAGCUGUGGCUACUGCACUGUACAAUAUGUUUGUGCAAGCAUCGAACAUCUACGCGUCGAACAUUUAUCGCACAGAGGACAAACGUCGCGAUGAAAAGUGGAAUGUCAUGACCAAGGAGCAAAAGGAGCAUUAUCUUGCUACCACGACGGAUGAGGGCAACAAGCGAUUGGACUUUAGAUUUACACACUAG